AUUAUACAGGAAGACAGCCUUUACUUAACUCAUCUUUAUACUCACAUUGUGACUUUUUGUACUGUCAUUUCUUGUUCUUCCAAUGUUUUUAUCAUUGCAAACAUGUAAUAUAACUACACUUGAAUUGUUUAGUAGUUUUAUACCCUUAAUUUAAUAUAAUUUCUCCAUCAAGCUUUUCUUUUUCUGCCUGGAGUUGACAGUUCACUUACAGUGAGUGUCUCAAGAUCAGGAAUCUUAGAUUCACAGUGUGGGUUCAGUGAAACUAAUUCCCAUUAUCUUGUCAUGUGUGUUCUUUUACAUCUGCUUUAUCUAUAGAUUUCUGUUGUUUUGAUCAUACAGUUAUUUUCUACUCUGAAAAAUAAAACUAGUAUCGCAUCUCUCUACCAUAAGUCUUUUGGGAAGAUUUAUGGUAUUUCUUGGGUUGAGCGUUGAGUAUGAGAAAUUUUGAAAGUAUUUUAAAGGAGAAGGAGGGGAAAUCUUUCAUUAUAUAUGGUAAGCUUGCAGUUAUAUAUGCUGCUAGAAGGCAGAAUGGGGAGCCUGGAUAGUUUAUUGCAAGGCAGGUCAUACUCACCUAGGAAAAACAUCUUUGCCUGCUUGCCAGCUUGGCAUUAUUACCUGGUGUCAGGAUUGACUGAAGGGUGUAGGGAGAGCGAUUUGAGAGCAUCUGGAUAUUUUACUUCAUAAAUAUAGAGAAAAUAGGGGCAAUAUGUCCAUUUUGAUUUCCAAAGGUAGCUUUCAGUGUAAUGUAGUGAUUUGGGACACAGGUCUUGGAGCCAGGCUACUGGGAUCAAUCUCAGCCUCACCUGUUAGCUGGGCAAGGUCCUUAACCUCUCUGUCUCCCUUUCCUCACUGUAAGGAGGAGACAAUAAUAAGAAUACCUACUGCAUAGACUUACUGUGAGGUUUCGGUGAAUAAAUAUACAAAAAAGCACUUAGUGCCUGGCACGUAGUAAACUCCAUAGAAGUAUUGUUGCCAUGUCAGUCAGUGCAUGUGACUCAGAGGUGUACAGAUAAAUGUUUCCCUGAAGGAGCUUGAAGUAUAAAACUUAAUUUUCCUAAAAGUCUGAUUUAUAGUUACUUUCAGAUAGUUCCAAAGUGGGGAUUGAUGGAAUCAACAAAACGUUGUGUGUACACUGUUUGCCUUCCCAGGGAGUUAUUUCUUCCGGCUUAGCUGCCCCUCUGACUAGCUGAGCAGUGCUCUCUGCUGGAGUGGCCACUGCAGAGAGCUUGUCCUGGGAGAUAGGGUCAGAGCCCCACCUAGCUGGGUGUAGGAGCCCUGCUGUGAGAGAAGGAUUUUGCUUCUCUCAGAAGGACGUCUAACUGAGCAGACGUCAUCUCAUCCUCAGACCCACUAAUGUUAAAGGAAUUAAGCCUUCACGUGGAAUUUACUAUGAUAGUGAUUCGUUCAUUCAACAAGUAUUUCUCUAGGAUGUGGUGUAAGGCCUAAGGUAGUUGCAGAGACAGGAUUAUCCUGUCGUAAAGUAGAGCGUUAGUCCUAACUGGGGGGAAUAACAUGAAAAUGAUUGCCUUGUUCUUUGUGCUCCUCUGAAAAUGACCCAAUUUUAUUGUAUGAUUGUCCCCUUCAUAUAUUUAAAAGCUUUGCUAUGGUUUGUUGUGUAGAGGAAGAUCAAACGGAAAAACUGGUAAAUUAUUUCAUCUUCUGUUUCUUGUUGGUAAAAGGCUACAUUUCUUAAAAGUGAAGAAAUUACCUGUGAAUUUUCUUUCCCAAAUAAUUUAGUGAAAUGUCAGCAUGAAUUUACUUGUGUUGGCUCUUAAGUUUUUGAGUUAAUAAAGAUAAUUUGUACAUUUACAGGUCUGUUUUGCAUUUUGCAAAUAAAUCUGUUCCUGGCAAGAUAUAUAAAUCUUGAAUUCUCUUUUCCCAGAAAUUAAGAAUCUGUAAACUCCCCCCAAACACCUGUAAAGUAGUAGGGUCAAACAGCAGAGCAUAUACGUCUAUGCUCCCAUCCCACUCCAUUGCCACUGAUUCCGACUCAUAGCAACCCUACAGGACAGAGUAGAGCUGCCCCAUAGAGUUUCCAAGGAGCAGCUGGUGGAUUCGAACUGCUGACCUUCCGGUUAGCAGCCACAUGCUUAACCACUGUGCCAUCAGGGCUCCUCUGUGCUCCCAUAAAAAAAAAAAAAAAAAGCCUACUCUGGCACUCAUCACUCAGAAGCUGUAGGAUCUCAUCCAUUCUAAGACACACAUUAAAAAAAAUUAUUUUAAUAUCUUUAAAAUUAGGAUGUAUCUUCUAAUUGAUAGUAUUCUAGAGUCGAUAAAAUAAGGUAUUUAUUUUCUUAUAUUGCCUCCUAAUUGACUAGGAGUGGACUUGAGGGCAGAAACUGAUACUUACUUUUAUAUCUACAAUGCCUGAAUUGCAUUUAGAGCUGUACUUUUGCUGUAGCAGUUUUUGGGAUCAUUUCAGGAAGUGUUAGUUGAAACUACAGUUUCAUCUGACACUUUUGUAGGGGGAGGCAUAUAAAAGGAGGGCCUGGUAAAUGCUGACAAGUAGUUAAAUGCUAUUUCUACUCUUCCCCUCCAUUUGUACCCCUUCUCUCUUCCUCUUUUGAUUGCUUCUUUUGCUUUGUAUCCGUGCAUGCCUCACCCACAAAGCAUUACCUGUAUUUUAUGGGCAUUAAUUGAGUUAGCAUGGUUUUCUUAUUUAUGAUAUGUUGUCAUUCUUUUUUUGACUAUCCUUUGGAUUUUGUACUGUGCCAUAGUCACUUCCAUUAUGUAAAUGAGGAUCAGGGAGUAAGUGUGCUUAGGAACAUAAUGUUUUGUCGGUGGUGGUGAGAGAAGGGGCAGACUUUCAGUGGAGGGCUUCUGAUCUGAUCUAUGUGUGUUUUGUAUUGGUUGAAUUAAUUUUUUUUUAUCAGUUUAAAAUUAUAAAUAGAUGUAUUUUUUUUGGUAUGAUUUCGCUAGAGCUAUUUGGCUACUAACCAGAAGGUCAGCAGCUUGAAUCCACUAGCCGCUCCUUGGAAACCCUUUGGGGCAGUUUUCUGUCCUGUGGGGUCGCUAUGAGUUGGAAUCGACUCAAUGGCAGUGGGUUUUGGUAUUGGUAUGAUUAUGAGACUUUGGGUUUUAAUACCCCUGUCACAAUAGGUCAAUGUUUGCUUGAAAAGAUGGCGUGAUUCUAGCCUCCCUUAAUGUUGCCGCCAAGUAUCUUAAUUAUCAGUCUUGCAAAACCUAGAUGUAAUCUUGUGCUAGAAGAAACUGCUUAGUGGAUCUAAUUGUUUUCUUUAAGUUAAUCUUUUACAUGUGAGUGGUUAGAAAAGUCUUAUCUAGGACCUUAAAUCAGUACUUUUCUGAAAAUGACUGCAGUGUAAAUUUUUUUUUAAUAGACUUGAUUUUUUUUAGAACAGUUUUAGGUUUACAGGAAAAUUGAGAAGACAGUACAAAAAGUUCCCAUAUACCCUACACCUAGUUCCCCUAUUAUUAUCCCCUUACGUUAGUAUAGUAUGUUUGUUAUGAGUAAUGAACCAUACUGAAAACUUGUUAUUAACUGAAGUCCGUGCAAAAUCUUGUUCAGAUUUUUUUUUUUUUAAUGUGCUUUUUUUCCCUAACGUCCUUUUUCUGUCCCAGGUUACCUUAUUACAGUUAGUUGUCAUGCCUCCUUAAGGUCCUCUUGGCUGGGACAAUUUCUCCGAUUUCUUUGUUUUUUGUGACCUUCAUAGUUUUGAGGAGUGCUGAUCAAGUGUUUCGUAGGAUGCCCCUUUAUUGGAUCGUGCCUGUUGUUUUUCUCACCAUUAGACUGUGGUUAUGGGUGUUGGGAAGGAAGACCACAGAGUUAAAGUGCCAUUUUCAUCACAUCAUAUCAGGAGCACGGACUAUCAACAUGAUUGAUGGCUGUUGAUGUUGCCCUUGACCACCCGGUUGAGUCCUAUUUUGUAACGGAUUAUGAUCCAACCAUUGAAGAUUCCUAUACAAAGCAGUGUGUGAUUGACGAUAGAGCGGCCCGGCUAGAUAUUCUGGAUACAGCAGGACAAGAAGAGUUUGGAGCUAUGAGAGAACAGUACAUGAGGACUGGAGAGGGUUUCCUGCUGGUCUUUUCAGUCACAGAUAGAGGCAGUUUUGAAGAAAUCUAUAAAUUUCAAAGACAGAUUCUCAGAGUAAAGGAUCGUGAUGAGUUUCCAAUGAUCUUAAUUGGUAAUAAAGCAGACCUGGAUCAUCAAAGACAGGUGACACAGGAAGAAGGACAGCAGUUAGCACGGCAACUUAAGGUAACAUACAUGGAGGCUUCUGCAAAGAUUAGGAUGAAUGUAGAUCAAGCUUUCCAUGAGCUUGUCCGGGUGAUAAGGAAAUUUCAAGAGCAAGAAUGUCCCCCUUCUCCAGAACCAACGCGGAAAGAAAAAGACAAGAAAGGUUGCCAUUGUGUCAUUUUCUAAGAACCCCAUGAGUUUUAGCUACCAACUGCCAGGAAAAGCCCUCAUCUUCUUCUCUCCUUACAGUUUACAUCAUGUUGGUACCUUUCUAGCCUUAGACAAGCAAGUCUUAUACAUGAUCACCGUGUUAGCCUUAGACCAAGAAGCUGGCUAAUCCUUUCUGUGAAGCUAAUACUAUGGUCAUUUCAAGACAAAUUUAAAGGAAACACUAAGGCUGCUUUUAAGAUUAUCUGAUUCCUUUAAAAUACAUAUCUAUAUAUACAGACACAUUCAUUGUUUUAAGGGCUUACAUUUUAGUAGGGGUGAAUCAGUUUUGGAACCUAAGCUGUUUGCCAAGCUGAAGUCAUAGGUUGUGAAAUAAUUUUUAACUUCUGGAAUCUUAAUGCCCACUGUUACUGUAAACAGAAACAAUAGGGAAUUUUUUUAAAUGUGAAUUUUUGCCCACCAUAAAAGUUUUUGAUGUCAGCUUUAACCUUAAAACACUGAAUUGAAUCACACAAGUGAGACAUCUCAGAUCUUAUUGAUACUACAGCUUUUGUUUUCCAGUGGCCAAAAUCCAAAAUGGCUAUUGUGUUUAUGAAUUAAAAACUCUUAUAAAGCCUUUAUUAUUACUCCUGUUCUUGAAUAUGAUGAUUUUCUAUGUGGCCAAAUAUCUGUGGGCUCAUUCUGAACUUAGGCAUUUUAUUAUUCUUGUUUUUUAAUUUAGCUCUUUUCACAGCUAUGUUGAGGGUAAAAAUUAAUAAUUUCUGUCUGUCUUCCUUUUCAAGUGUUUCUGGGUAAGGGAUUCAAAAAAACUAAAACUGUUUUUUGUUUGAUGUAAUAUAAAAUAUGGAAUUGAUCUUUCCGGGGUCAGAGAUGAUUAAUGUUUUUGCUAUAUACUUUUAUACAUUAUUUUCUUAUCAAACUAGGUAACAAGUAUUUUUAUAUGUUUGUAAGCAAAUAUGCUUUCUCAGCAUACCUUGUGUAUAUGUAAAGAUAAGUAUUUAAUUCUCACUGUUCACUUUUAACUGACAAAGAACAAAAAUGCGGAAGCUACAGAAACUGUGGUAGAACUUUACUUGCUGUUCUGGUCCUGGUUGUACCCAUGUUUGGCCAGUCACAUACCUACUCGAGAGACCUUCCCUAUAGAGUCCAACUUUUAGGAUGAGAAUCUGAAAUCACUUUUAGUAUGCCCUAGUAGAUAUUGAUUGUUAUAUCAAGUAUUAAAUGUAAAACUCUUAAUUGUCAAUUAGUGUAACUGUGGAUGGCUUCUGAUUUUGUUUUUAAUUCUGUGGAUUGUGUUUAAACAAUUCAAAAGUAUGUUUCCUGAUUUUGAGAUACUAAGUGGUAUUGCACAGUUGUCACUUUAUUGAAUGUGUCCAACAGUCCCAUGAAGUUUAUAAAUCAUACCCUUGUAUAGCUUCAGGUGCUAGAAUUAAAAUUGAUCUGUUAUCACAA